UUGGAAGAGAGAGAAAUCUCUACCCAUAAACCAACUUCUAACCCAGACUGUUGGGACGGCACGUCCCUUGCGGGCAGGCCAUUUGUGAAUGUCAGGCUUCUGGCGCUCUUGUGACUUGCACUUGCUGAAGCAUCUGGUGCUGGCCCGGGGCACUGGACAGGCUGGCUCUGGGAUCUGACCCAGGGUACUGCCGAGUCCAGGUUGCCAGGAGCAAUGCCUCGAAAGAGGCCGCUCCAGGGUCUUCAGUCUCUCCCCUCAGCAGCUCCCAGCCAGCUCCUGGGGCUUUUGCCGUUCCCCGCACCCCUGCCUGCGCCACCUGUUCCUCUCUCUCCUCCAGCCCCCCGGGCAGGUUCCCGGGGUCCUGCGCCCCCUUCGCCCACCCAGGGACUCCUGCUGCUCUUCGCACGGCACCGGGCGCCCGCCUCCCCCGUGCCCCGCUCCGGCCCGCCCCCGGGAGCAACGAGCCCCCGCGUCCAGCCCGGGGCCGCCCCCGGGAGCAACGAGCCCCCUCGCCCAGCCCGGCCCAGGGCCGCCCCGCGCCGCGCUCACCUGGGUGGAGGCGGCGCCGCUAGGGGGCAGGGAGCUCGCGGCGCUUUUCCGCCCUGGGGAGCCGCGGCUCACCCAGGAGACUCCCCGGAGCGAGACGGGAGGCGCGACCCGCCGCAGCAGAGUUUAUCCCAUGAAACAGCACUCGAAGGGAAUUGCUGACAGCUUGUGGAACGGAGUUAAAGUCAUUGUAGCAAAAUAAAACCUCGACAGCAGCAGCACAAGUAUCAAUCAAUCUAGAAAAAACUUGCAUGGAGCUGUUGAAGAGUAGGAUGUGGCUCUGCAGAGGAGGGCUCUUCCCUUUCAUUUAUACUGAGAUCUGAACUUUAUGCUCAUGAGGAGAAGCGCAAGUGCAGAAUGUGAGUCACUCAGUGUGGUCAAGCAAGUCAGAACCAAGGGCUACCUUAGAAGACAGAAGUGCUCUUCAAAGAAGGAUAGAUCUAUCUUUGCUUUGUUGUCAUCACUGGGAACUGAGAGAGAAGUCAAAGCCAAACUGGAAUAAAAUGCCAGCUAAGGGAAAAUACUUCUUUAAUGAAAAUGAAGACUGCAAGAUAACAGAUCCACUUUAUGAGAAGUAUCGCUACACGAGCCAGCAGCACCCGCUUCUUCUCCUGCUGCUCUUCAUUGCAAUUACUUUCUGUAUUACGCUAAUUAUACUAUUCUUUGUCAUGCAUACGGAAUCACGUCCUCAUCUUGCUUUCAUUAUUACAGUAUGUACUGCUCUUGUAAUAUUUGCAGUCAUGUACUUGCUUGUGUGCAUUGAAUCCUUAUUUCGGAGAUGGCUGAAAUUAUUUGGGAUUUUGAUUUGGAUCUGCUUCCUGACCAUAGGAUAUGUGUCAGUUUUUGGAAUGGCAGAUACCCCUUCAUUCUAUGCAUGGGAACAGGUGCCAUUCUUCCUGUUCAUAAUCUUCACAGUUUAUACCAUGUUACCCUUUGGGAUGAGAGAUGCUGUCAUCAUCAGCAUCCUUUCUGCAGUGUCCCAUAUUGUAGCCCUAAGCAUUGCAGUGACACUAUAUUCUGAACCAGGCCAAAAACUCACUACGUUUCAGUUACUUGCCAAUGCUGUAAUUUUUCUUUGUGGUAACCUGAUGGGUGCAUUUCACAAGCAUCGGAUGCAAGAUGCUUCAUGGGAUUUGUACAGAUACACUUUAAAGUGCAUUCAAGUCCGAAUGAAACUGAAGAUUGAAAAGAGGCAACAAGAAAACUUGCUUUUAUCUAUACUGCCAGCUCAUAUCUCAAUGGGAAUGAAACUAGCCAUCAUAGAGCGACUGAAGGAAACCAAUGACGAUAGGCAAAUGCAUGAUAACAACUUCCAUAGUCUGUAUGUGAAAAGGCACCAGAAUGUUAGCAUCCUGUAUGCAGACAUUGUAGGAUUCACUCGUCUGGCUAGCGACUGCUCUCCGAAGGAGCUGGUAGUGAUGCUGAAUGAGCUCUUUGGGAAGUUUGAUCAAAUUGCAAAGGAAAAUGAAUGCAUGAGAAUAAAAAUUUUGGGAGACUGUUAUUACUGUGUCUCAGGCCUACCUGUGUCUUUACCGGUUCAUGCCCAGAACUGUGUGAAAAUGGGACUCGACAUGUGUGAAGCUAUAAAACAAGUAAAAGAAGCCACUGGAGUGGACAUCAGUAUGAGAGUUGGUAUCCAUUCUGGGAAUGUGCUUUGUGGCGUGAUUGGACUUCGGAAAUGGCAGUAUGAUGUGUGGUCUCAUGAUGUUUCCUUAGCUAAUCGUAUGGAAUCCUCAGGAAUACCUGGUCGUGUACACAUCACUGAAGCAACGCUAAAUCACCUAGGCAAAGCUUACGAAGUGGAAGAAGGGAAUGGACACCUGAGAGACCCAUACCUUGAAGCAAUGAACAUCAAAACCUACUUGGUGAUUGACCCAAGGUCUAAACAGCGUACGUUGAAUAAUCAUCUCCCUAAAACACGAGUGAACGAUGGGCUGAAGAUGCGAGCCUCUGUCCGUAUGACACGUUAUUUGGAGUCCUGGGGAGCAGCCAGGCCCUUUGCCCACCUGAACCACAGAGAAAGUGUCAGCAGUGAAUCUUCAGCUCCAAGUGGGAGACAAAGAAAGGAGAUACCUUUGAAUUCUACAGGUCGUCAAAAGACUUCAGAUAGAAAUACAUCCCAGAAGGGAAGGAUGGAAGAAGAUACUUAUGAUGAAAUGAUGUCGACCAUUGAGGGUCUCAGUUCGACUAAACCAGGGUGUAGUAACUCAGAUGACUUCUGUGGAUGCUCACUGUUUUUUGUAGAAUCAGGAUUGGAAAAAGAGUAUCGCACCAUCCCCAUCCCCAGACUGAGGAGUUACUUUGCCUGUGCCAGUAUUGUGUUGCUCUGUAUAUUUGUGAUACAGAUGUUUGUCAUGCCAAAAACCGCAAAACUAGGACUUUCAUUUGGAAUUGUAGCAGUCAUAAUUGUGCUUAUUUUGUGUGUGUGUUUUGCUGAUAAAUGCCUGAAAUGCUGCUCAGAACAAUGGCCUUCUAUGCGCCAUCUUUGUGCUAUUUCGGAUAAGGUAGAAACCAUGCCUCUAGUGAGACUCCCUUUAGCAGUCAUCACUAUAGGUGCGUUGCUGAUUAUUGCCAUUUUUAAUUUGCCUGGUGAAAAAAGUAGAUCCACAAACGCUACUGGAUCAAGUGAUGAGGCUGUCACCUGUGUGCCUGUGAAUCAGGGUACUGAAAAAAGUACAGCUGUGGACUAUACUGAAUCCUGUAUUAAGGAUGUCUUGCCUUAUUAUACUUAUUGCUGCAUAUUAGGGUUUAUUGCUUGCUCUGUAUUCCUUCGGAUGAGCUUCGAACUCAAAGUUCUCCUUCUGUCCAUCGCUUUUACUGUCUACAUCUUCAUCUUUAAUCCCUCAAAGAACUUGAGUGCAGGCUACAACAACACCACCAAUACCACUCUAAGGUUUUUCAUGAAAGAUCCAAUAUCGAUGACUAACUUAUACCUGGCUCUGUUUUAUGUAACUCUGAUCCUAUUUUCAAGACAGAUUGAGUAUUACUGUCGACUGGAUUGCUUGUGGAAGAAUAAAUUUAAAAAAGAACAUGAACAAUUUGAAACCAUGGAGAACGUAAACAGGCUCUUGCUGGAAAAUGUCCUUCCAGCACAUGUUGCUGCUCAUUUCAUCGGUGACAAAUUAAAUGAGGAUUGGUACCAUCAGUCUUAUGACUGUGUCUGUGUCAUGUUUGCAUCAGUACCUGAUUUUAAGGUGUUUUAUACCGAAUGUGAUGUCAAUAAAGAGGGACUGGAGUGCUUGCGGCUGCUGAAUGAAAUCAUUGCUGAUUUUGAUGAGCUGUUGUUAAAACCUAAAUUUAGUGGUGUUGAAAAAAUCAAAACCAUUGGAAGCACUUACAUGGCAGCAGCAGGCCUUAGUGUCGCACCAGGCCAAGAGAACAACCAGGACCAGGAGAGACAGCAUGCUCAAAUUGGGAUCAUGGUGGAGUAUGGAAUUGCCUUGAUGAGUAAACUGGAUGGCAUCAACAGACAUUCCUUUAACAAUUUCCGCCUACGUGUUGGGAUAAACCAUGGGCCUGUAAUAGCAGGUGUGAUUGGUGCUCGUAAACCCCAGUAUGAUAUCUGGGGAAACACUGUCAAUGUCGCCAGCAGGAUGGAGAGUACUGGUGAACUUGGAAAAAUCCAGGUUACUGAAGAGACAAGCAAAAUAUUACAGGAACUGGGAUAUUCAUGUGAAUGUAGGGGACUCAUUAAUGUCAAAGGAAAGGGAGAACUAAGGACUUACUUUGUUGCACAGAUACAGCCAAAUCCCAAGGUAUUGGACUGAACUGAGUCUGUAACAAAGUUUGUCAAAAUGUAUUUUGAGCCACCACUUCCCUUCUGUGAAGUCUUAGAAUUUCCCUCCUUAUGUGAAGGAGAUUAUUCCAAAUGUAUGUGUACUAAUGGUUCCUCUGCAUCUCAAAGUAGGAGAGUGACUUUAAAAGAAGUCUGAAAGUGCCUAGAAGCAAUUGUUGGACUGCCUGUUUCUGGAAUAAUUUGAGGAUUUUUCUGGAAUUGUCUUGCAGCAUUUCCUAAUAUUUCCUUUCCUACAUGCAAUCUGGGAGACUAAAGGCCUUAAUAGCAUGUGCAGAUGCACUAUUGAACUAAUUUCCCAGUUAAAACAGAUAUUAGGAAAAACUUCCUGACUGUCGGGUGGCUAAGCACUGGAAUAAAUUGCCUAGGGAGGUUGUGGAAUCUCGGUCAUUGGAGGUUUUUAAGAACAGGUUAGACAAACACCUGUCAGGAAUGGUCUAGUUAUUACUUAGUCCUGCCUUGAGUGCAGGGGAUUAGACUUGAUGACCUCUUGAGGUCCCUUCCAAUCCCGUACUUAUGAUUCCACUGCCUCAUUCUUUGUUAGAUCUGCUAGCAGUGUAGCACUUGUCAGAGACCUUAAGAAAAAGUGACAGUACAUUUGGACCCUGCAUAUAUGCAUGAUCUUUAGUGCCAAGCUGUUUUCAAGACAAAAGACUGCUGUAUGCGGAGACGGGAGGAAUACACAGGCGAACUACAGUUUAUUAUAUGGUGAUUAUACUCUAGCUCCUUUUGGAAAGAGUAAUUGCGCAAUAAUUCACGUUCCCCUGUCCCUUGAUGACUUUUCUACAAACUCAUGCCUCCCCCAUACCUAUAACUUACAUUAUGUAAAGCCUUUCUUGAUCAGCAGUUGUACAGGAAAUGAUUUUUGUCUGAAGUUGGUUCAAAAUACCUCUAUUAUGGAUACAACCCAUCUUGCUCUCUUUACCCUAUACCAAGGGACAAACCAUAUUUCAUUUCUUAGAUGAGAUGAAAACAACUGUUUUAGUACGUAUUGGAAGUAAGCCACUUUAGACCUUCAGAAUUAGUCUUUUGACUUUGAAGAAAUCCAGACUAUUUCCAGAGAGUGAAAGCCCAUUUAGGGAUGUGCAUGUUGUAGUGAGACAGUAAAUGUUAGCACCACAGAAAUGUGAGUAUUGCAUUCACUGCAAUCAUGCCCUUUGACUGUAUGUAUUUAUACUGUGUUUUGUGAGGUUCUCUUGUUUGGUUUCCAUUGCCUGGAUGAGGCCAGCCAGUCCCUCAAACUGCUGAUUUGUUUCUGAGGUAUACAGAAUUGCUAUCCCAACUUUUUUCUCGUCAUUAACAAAAUUUGCAUUUAACAUGUUAGUCAGGAUUGGUGCUUAUGAAGGUGAAGUAUAAACUGCAUUGGCCAGUCAGGCAGGAUACCAGCAGCUGAUGUGCAAACUUCCCUUACCAGAUCUUUCAAUGCACCUUAAUUCUGACCUGCCAGCUAUCUCCUGCUCAGACUUUCUCUUGACAAGAAACAGCCACUCAAAUUGUGUCGGUUUCAGAGCGGUAGCAGUGUUAGUCUAUAUCAGCAAAAAGAACGAGGAGUACUUGUGGCACCUUAAAGACUAACAAAUUUAUUUGGGCAUAAGCUUUCAUGGGCUAAGACCCACUUCAUCGGAUGCAUGCAAUGGAAAAUACAUAUACACAGAGAACAUGAAAAAAUGGUAUUGCUAUACCAACUCUAACGAGACUAAUCAAUGAAGGUGGGCUAUUAUCAGCAGGAGAAAAAAAAAUAACUUUUGUAGUGAUAAUCAGGAUGGCCCAAUGUGUAGUGUUUUUGUGAUAAAGGCAAAUACAAGACCAACUGUAUUUAUUUUUCCAAUUUGUGACCUGAGGCAAACUUGAACCUAGGUGGCACUUACCCCUUUGACAACCUUUCCAAACUAAUCACCUACGCCUCUGUUCUCAGAGCUGUGCAUGUUUCUAAACAUUUGACAUGUCUGAUAUCUUCAGAAGUUUCAGUGUUCUCAAUGCAUAUUUUUUCCUGUUAUGUUCUCUGUGGAAUUAAUGCCCUCAACAUGUUUUUCUUUUGACCAUUUUGCACUAGCAUUCUUUAAAGGGUUGGGACAGCUCUGGAAAUAAUAGCUAAUCAAACUGAGCUCCAUAUUGCAUAGGUUCCAAAAAACUUGAGGCAAAUGUGACUUGGGGCCACUAUUUCUCUGUAGAGUAAGGAUACAGCUGAUCUUCAGCAUUUUACCGCUCGUGAGGUGUGUAUCUCACAAGGAAAGUACAGAUAUAGAUGUACAUUAAUUUUUAAGAAAUAUACAAGUAUUCAGCUUUAGGCUAACUAGCUAUUUGCCAGAAAUGGCACCCCCUCUUUAAUUAGCUCUUCAGAACCAGAGCGCACAACAUUUUAGUAGUAGGACCAACAUGAAUAAGGAGUACAUCUUUAUUGAAAUUCUUGGCAAAAAAUUUUUUUUGAACUAGGUAGAAUCUGAUAUACUUUAUUAUAGCUAUUUUACGAUAGGUCAAAUAAAAAUGUUUUUUCUUUAAUCUGAGUUAGUGCAAUGAGCCAAGGGACAAACUUUCAAAACAGGAUAGCCAAUAUGAUGUUCACUCAACUUGUAUUUUGUGCCUCUAAUUACUCUGUAUCUGUGCAUAUGUUUUGUAUGCUCAAUUUAGGUAACUGUUUUAUACAUAGCACAACCCUGAAUUUUAUCUGAUUGUCCUAUGCGAUUCACAUGUCGCUGGCUGGGUUUGUUUAAAGCCUUGCUCCUUUUAAAAGACAACACAGGUUAUAAAACUAAAGGAUUUUAUUAUUUAAUAUUACAGAAGGAUGUGUGAAAAAAAUCACUUUUAUAGUGGAAAUGUUUCAUCAUGGCCUGCAUAAUAGAAUCAUACUCCUGAGAGCUACUCCACUUAGUUUAUUCCAGGGUGGGUGUUAGUUAUUUAUAGUAAGUCCAAUUCUAUUUGUUUAAUGUUCACAUUUUUCCUUUAAAGUUUAUUCAGGUGAGUAUAAUUAGUUUUAGCUAUGGCUUUAAAUUUUCAACUAACAACUUUCUACUAUACAUAAUCAUGUCAAGACAUACUCCUACAAAAUUUGGGUUGUGAGGAAGAGAUCUUUCUUUCUGAGAUACUAACAGCCGGUGUUCAAUUAUAAACAUUUAUCAGGAAAGGAUUUUUUACACUCCAUUCCCUGUAUAUAUUGUGACUAGAAAGUAAAGUGGUUAAAAUAAAUCCAAGUGUUAUUUUGUUCAGUAUAAAGUGCUAUGUUCAGAUGAUGAUUUAUUACACCACCCAAAGCGGCAUUUGCUAAUAUUUCAAUUUUAGUAUGAGGGCAGAUGACUCCAAAUGGUCUCUUUAACAAUCGUUGUUGCCUGCACCACUGCUGUUUUCUAAUUACUGUGUAAUUUCUUGGAAAGUGCCUAUGUUCCAUGACAGGAACAAAUCUGAGUAAUGUCCUACUGUGGCGUAAAAACUUAGUUUUUAAAGCCUUAGUGGGGGGGGGGGGGGUCAAAACUACUUUUGCUGCAGUCUCCUACAGGAAGUAGUAUAUUAGACAACUGUAGUUUGAGGUUGGCUGUUUCCUUUCUGUCAGCAGAUUCAUAAUAUAUUAACUAGUUUAAUACUUAAACUUUGUGCUAAUAAAAAAGGUCAGUAUAAUUUAGUAUCCUUUUGUAUAUUUCUGUCAAAUAGCUUUCAGUUCCCUAUUGCUUUUACAUUGUGUAUUUGUGAUGGUAGACAUUUAACAAGCAUGUGUUUUGAGAUGUUAAUUUAUUUUGUUUUUAUAAGAGGCUUGAAUGCUUCUGAAUAGAAGGCUUCAUUCAGCGGCCUUUGAUACAGUACUUCAGUUUGACAGACCAUACUGCCUCAAGAUUUUGAAUCAUGAAGUUUGCUUAUGGAUAGAACCAGUUCUGAAAUGAUGGCACUGUCCACAAUAGUGCUAGAGAUUUAGAUGUAAUUAGGAUUGUGGAACUAAACCAUAUCUAACAACAUUCUGAACUGCUUUGUAUUGCCAUUCAAGCUAAUAACAUGCUGCUUGGGUGUAGUUUGGUCUCAAUUACGGAAGUGGUGUAAAGUAUUUUUCAGUAGCUUGUAGCUCUUGGACUAGAUGAAGUAGGAUUGUCCUUCUGUUGCCGGUUGUAUUGCUGAAUGAUCUGAAAGGGACAUUAUCAACUUAAGUCAUACUGCUCUUUGAAAUUUUGUAGAGUAUUUAACAGCACUUUGUAUCCUCAAUUCACCUUGUUAGAUGAAAGACUCACCCACAGAAACAUUGGAAAGUGAGUGUAAAGCCAUGAAUAUGGCGGGGGGGGGGGGCGAAACCUGGAGUGACUUAAUAUUUUUUAAAAUGAUUAGAUUGGGUGUGAGAAGGGUAAUUUCUUUGGCUAAAGUCUUAAAUGGAGCCUUAACAAUAUAGAAUGCUUUUACCAGAACUGUGAAACUUGCCUAUUAGGACUUUAAAAAAAAAGUCUAGAAAAUUGAGGAAUUAUUGUUUUUAAAAACUGAAAAGUCUUUAAACACAAAAUGCCAUUUUAUCUAAUUUAAAGCUGAUGGUAUACUGUAACUUUUAAUGAUGGAGUAAAUUAUCUACUGCACAGAAAGAACAAACUUUUUUUUUACUUUAAAAUAAAGACCUUUCUGAAACUUUG